GGCUCCGGGGGGCGGGGGCCGGCGCCCGGGCCGGCUCGCGCGGGGGGUAUGAUGACCCGGCGGCGGGGCCCCGGAUCUCGUCUCCUGCGCCGCCUCCUCGCGGCCGCCCCAGCUCGCGGCUGAGAACCAGACACACCGGCGGUAUGGCAUCACAGCUGCAGGUGUUUUCCCCUGCAUCAGUGUCAUCCAGUGCCUUCUGCAGUGCAAAGAAACUGAAAAUAGAGUCCUCUGUCUGGGAUGUUUCUGGACAGAGCAGCAACGACAAAUAUUAUACCCACAGUAAAACUCUCCCAGCCACACAAGGACAAGCCAACUCCUCUCACCAGGUAGCAAAUUUCAGCAUCUCUGCUUAUGACCAGGGCCUCCUCCUCCCAGCUCCUGCAGUGGAGCAUAUUGUUGUAACAGCUGCGGACAGCUCGGCCAGUGCUGCUACAUCAACCUUCCAAAGCAGCCAGACCCUAACUCACAGAAGCAACAUUUCUUUGCUUGAGCCAUAUCAAAAAUGUGGACUGAAAAGAAAAAGUGAGGAAGUUGACAGCAACGGUAGUGUGCAAAUCAUAGAAGAACAUCCCCCUCUCAUGCUGCAAAACAGGACUGUGGUGGGUGCUGCUGCCACAACCACCACUGUUACCACAAAGAGUAGCAGUUCCAGCGGAGAAGGGGAUUACCAGUUGGUCCAGCAUGAGAUCCUUUGCUCUAUGACCAACAGCUAUGAAGUCUUGGAGUUCCUAGGCAGGGGAACAUUUGGACAGGUGGCUAAGUGCUGGAAGCGGAGCACCAAGGAAAUUGUGGCUAUUAAAAUCUUGAAGAACCACCCCUCCUAUGCCAGACAAGGCCAGAUUGAAGUGAGCAUCCUUUCCCGCCUAAGCAGUGAAAAUGCUGAUGAAUAUAAUUUUGUCCGUUCUUAUGAGUGCUUUCAGCAUAAGAAUCACACCUGCCUUGUGUUUGAGAUGCUGGAGCAGAACUUGUAUGAUUUUCUAAAGCAGAACAAGUUUAGCCCACUGCCACUGAAGUACAUCAGACCAAUCUUACAGCAGGUAGCCACAGCCCUGAUGAAGCUCAAGAGCCUUGGUCUGAUUCAUGCUGACCUUAAGCCUGAAAACAUAAUGCUCGUUGAUCCAGUGCGCCAGCCCUAUCGAGUGAAGGUCAUUGACUUUGGUUCUGCUAGUCAUGUUUCCAAAGCUGUGUGUUCAACCUACUUACAGUCACGUUACUACAGAGCCCCUGAAAUUAUUCUUGGAUUACCGUUUUGUGAAGCUAUUGAUAUGUGGUCACUGGGCUGUGUGAUAGCUGAGCUGUUCCUAGGAUGGCCUCUUUAUCCUGGUGCUUCAGAAUAUGAUCAGAUUCGUUACAUUUCACAAACACAAGGCCUACCAGCUGAAUAUCUUCUCAGUGCUGGGACAAAAACAACCAGAUUUUUCAACAGAGAUCCUAAUUUGGGGUACCCACUGUGGAGGCUUAAGACACCUGAAGAACAUGAAUUGGAGACUGGAAUCAAAUCAAAAGAAGCUCGAAAGUACAUUUUUAAUUGCUUAGACGACAUGGCUCAGGUGAAUAUGUCCACAGACUUAGAGGGAACAGACAUGUUGGCAGAAAAGGCGGAUAGAAGAGAAUACAUUGAUCUGUUAAAAAAAAUGCUAACAAUUGAUGCAGAUAAGAGAAUUACUCCUCUGAAAACUCUUAACCAUCCGUUUGUGACAAUGACUCACCUUCUGGAUUUUCCACAUAGCAAUCAUGUUAAGUCUUGUUUUCAGAACAUGGAGAUCUGCAAACGGAGGGUUCACAUGUAUGAUACAGUGAGUCAGAUCAAGAGUCCCUUCACUACGCACGUUGCCCCAAAUACAAGCACAAAUCUAACUAUGAGCUUCAGCAACCAGCUCAAUACAGUGCACAAUCAGGCCAGUGUUCUAGCUUCCAGUUCUACUGCAGCUGCUGCUACUCUUUCUUUGGCUAACUCAGAUGUUUCGCUGCUAAACUACCAGUCAGCUUUGUACCCAUCAUCUGCAGCACCAGUUCCUGGAGUUGCCCAGCAGGGUGUUUCCUUGCAGCCUGGAACCACCCAGAUUUGCACUCAGACGGAUCCAUUUCAACAAACAUUUAUUGUAUGUCCACCUGCUUUUCAGACUGGACUACAAGCCACAACAAAGCAUUCUGGAUUCCCUGUGAGGAUGGAUAACGCUGUGCCAAUUGUACCCCAGGCGCCAGCUGCUCAGCCACUACAGAUACAGUCUGGAGUUCUGACACAGGGAAGCUGUACACCACUAAUGGUAGCAACUCUCCACCCUCAAGUAGCCACCAUCACACCGCAGUAUGCGGUGCCCUUUACUCUGAGCUGCGCAGCCGGCCGGCCGGCACUGGUUGAACAGACUGCCGCUGUACUGCAGGCUUGGCCGGGAGGAACCCAACAAAUUCUCCUGCCUUCAACUUGGCAACAGUUGCCUGGGGUAGCUCUGCACAACUCUGUCCAGCCCACAGCAGUGAUUCCAGAGGCCAUGGGUAGUGGCCAGCAGCUCACAGACUGGAGGAGUGGCCACUCUCACGGCAGCCAGUACAGCGCUAUCAUGCAGCAGCCAUCCUUGCUGACUAACCAUGUGACACUUGCCACUGCUCAGCCCCUGAACAUUGGUGUUGCCCAUGUUGUCAGACAGCAACAGUCCAGUUCCCUCCCUUCAAAGAAGAAUAAGCAAUCUGCUCCAGUGUCUUCUAAAUCCUCUCUGGAUGUUCUGCCUUCUCAAGUCUAUUCUCUGGUUGGGAGCAGUCCCCUCCGCACCGCAUCUUCUUAUAAUUCCUUAGUCCCAGCCCAGGAUCAGCAUCAGCCAAUCAUCAUUCCAGAUACUCCCAGCCCUCCUGUGAGUGUCAUCACUAUCCGCAGUGACACUGAUGAGGAAGAAGACAACAAAUAUAAGCCCAAUAGCUCUGGCCUGAAGGCAAGGUCUAAUGUCAUCAGUUACGUCACUGUCAAUGACUCUCCAGACUCUGACUCUUCCGUGAGCAGCCCAUAUUCCGCUGAUACUCUCAGUGCUCUCCGGGGCAACAGUGGGCCCCUCCUGGAGACGCCUGGCAGAGCAGUGGGGGACGACACUGGCACCCGCACCAUCAUUGUGCCUCCCCUGAAAACUCAGCUAGGGAACUGCACUGUAGCAACACAGGCCUCAGGUCUCCUGAGCAGUAAGACAAAGCCAGUGGCCUCAGUGAGUGUGCCGUCAUCCGGAUGCUGUAUCACCCCCACUGGGUAUCGGGCUCAACGUGGGGGGACCAGUGCAGCACAGCCACUCAACCUUAGCCAGAACCAGCAGUCAUCGUCAGCUCCAACCUUACAGGAGAGAAGCAGCAACCCUGCCUCCCGUAGGCAGCAGGCAUUUGUGACUCCACUCUCCCAGGCCUCCUACGCCUUCCAGCAUGGCAGCCCCCUACACUCAGUGGGGCACCCACACCUCGCUCCAGCCCCUGCUCACCUGCCAAGCCAGCCUCACCUGUAUACGUAUGCUGCCCCCACUUCUGCUGCUGCAUUGGGCUCCACCAGCUCCAUUGCUCAUCUCUUCUCCCCACAGGGCUCCUCAAGGCAUGCUGCAGCCUAUACCACCCACCCUAGCACUCUGGUGCACCAGGCCCCUGUUAGUGUUGGGCCCAGCCUCCUUACUUCUGCCAAUGUGGCCCCUGCUCAGUACCAACACCAGUUUGCUGCCCAGUCCUACAUUGGGUCUUCCCGAGGCUCAGCAAUUUAUACUGGAUAUCCGCUGAGUCCUACCAAGAUCAGCCAGUACUCCUACAUGUAGUGGGUGAUCAUGAAGGAGGAGGCCCUGAGUUUUAGCACUGGGCUAUAUGAUGAACUCCUCCCAUGCCCUUUCUUGAAACUCCUUAGCCAACACCUUGUUCUGCAGGGGCCACUGAACCAGAAGAUUUUUCUCUGGGGAACCUGUCUCAGCAUUGACUGCAUUGUUGUAGUCUCCCAAAGUCUGCCCUAUUUUUUAAUUCUUUAUUUUUGUGACAGCAUUUUUGGUAUUUGGAAGAGUUCAGAUGCCCAUCUGCAGUUACCAAGGAAGGGGAGAUCACUCUGAAGUUACCUUUGAAAAAUAUUUUCUCUCUGACUUGAUUUCUAUAAAUGCUUUUAAAAAUUAUUUGACUUUGUUUUAUUUUAAUUGCUGGUCAGAUGAAAAAUGCUGAUAGGAGGACUUGAAACCUAGUAACAAGUGAGAAAAGAAAAAUUACUUUUUGCUUGCUUAAAAACCAAGACUUAAUUGCUUAUUUUAAAAGUGGCUUACACAAGUCUGUAUUUUACUAUCAGGCAUUUCUCCUCAAAAUUUUACCUUUGUUUAUGGUACAUUUAAACUUAUAGUAUUUUAGUUUUGUUUCAUGUCACAUUAUACUUAAUAGGUAAUUGUUAUUUUUGUAAAACUGGUUCCACAUGACUGUGUUACUUUUGGGAUUCUCAGAUGCUCUUGUAUUUAUUGUAGUGUUAAAAAAGGCAGCUCACCAUUUUGCUGGUAAUUUAGUGUGAGAGAAUCCAUACCUACCAUGAAAGUACCAGGUAUGCUUUUUAAAUGAAGCCCCGUGCAUUCUUUUUAAAUUAUCUUUAAAAAGUCCUUCUCUUUCGGAUUCAGCUUAAAUUUUAUUAUUGGAAAAGCCAUUAAGGUGGUUAUUAUUGUAUGGUGGUGGUGGUUUUAUUAUAUGCAAAAUCUCUCUGUAUUAUGCUAUACUGGCAUUGAUGAGCUUUGCCUAAAGAUUAUUAUGAAUUUUCAUAAUACCCUUCUUUCCCUUCGCCUCAUCUCUCCCUUCUGUUCGAUGUGGUUUAUUUGGGGAGAAAGCUAAAGAAUCUCAGACCAGAUAAGAACGUUAUGUAUAGCUUUUAUACUUUAAAGUAGCUUCCUUUGUAUGCCAGCAGCAAAUUGAAUGCUCUCUUAUUAAAACUUAUACAAUAAGUGCAUGUAGGAAUUGCAAAAAAUAUUUUAAAAAUUUAUUACUGAAUUUAAAAAUAUUUUAGAAGUUUUGUAAUGGUGGUGUUUUAAUAUUUUGCAUAAUUAAAUAUGUACAUAUUGAUUAGAAAAAUAUAAGCAAUUUUUCCUGCUAACCCAAAAUGUUCUUUGUAAUCCAGUGUGUAGUGAUUACACUUGAAUUGUAUAUUUAGUGUGUAUCUGAUCCUCCAGUGUUACCCCGGAGAUGGAAUUGCUGUCUCCAUUGUAUUUAAACCAAAAUGAACUGAUACUUGGUGGAAUGUAUGUGAACUAAUUGCAGUUAUAUUAGAGCAUAUUACUGUAGUACUGAAUGAGCAGGGGCAUUGCCUGCAAGGAGAGACCCUUGGAAUUGUUUUGCACAGGUGUGUCUGGUGAGGAGUUGUUCAGUGUGUGUCUGUCUCUUCCUUCCCUUUCUCCUCUUUCCCUUAUUGUAGUGCCUUAUAUGAUAUAAUGUAGUGGUUAAUAGAGUUUACAGUGAGCUUGCCUUAGGAUGGACCAGCAAGCCCUCGUGGACCCUAAGCUGUUCACUGGGAUUUAUCAGAAGAGGAUUAGUAGCUGUGUUGUGUAAAUGCAUUGUUCUCAGUUUCCCUGCUGACACUGAAAAAUAAAAGCAGCUUUUCUCCUUUACCACCACCUCUACCCCUUUCCAUUUUUGAGUCACACCUGAGUUCUCACAGAAGCAUUUUCCCCAUGUGACUCUCUCACUGUUCAUUGCUACUUGCUUCUGUGAGAAUUUGGGAAGCAGGUGAGAGGAGUCAAGCCAAUAUUAAGCAUGCAUUUUUUUUCUUUUUUGUAAGUAUGUGCAAUCACCUUUAGAAUGAUGUGUUUUUUCUUUUUUUCCUUUUCCCAUGUGGCAGUCCUUCCUGCAAAUAGUUGACAUUCCUGGUAAAAUAUUUGCUUGUUGGAAAAAAAUAUAAAAUAGAUGUGUUUAUACCAAAGAGCCUGUUGUGUUGCUUACCAUGUCCCCAUACUAUGAGGAGGAGUUUUGUGAUGCCACUGUUGACAGGGAACUCAUGGAAAGGUUUCUUAGCCGGUGAAGAACUAGGAAGGAACCAAAGCCUGUUGAGUCAUUGGGCUUUUGAAGUUUCUUUCUAACAACUUGUAUAUUCUUGGGGCCCUUCAAACUGUGAAAUUGUCCAUGUACUCUCAGCUCCUACAUGGAUCUGGGUCAAGUUAGAGGGUAGUGGGGUGAGGAUGUUCCUGCCCAUAAAAGAUUUGGGGGAAGAAGGUUAACCCUAAGAUAUAGAAGCAUUCCACCUGAAUUGAAAAUGGUAUAUUUGAAGGAUAAGUCUAGGAUUGGUUCUUUGUAAGAUGGUGUCAAGGAGGUGCAGGAUGGAGAUGGGAGAUUUCAUGGAGCCUGGUCAGCAAGCUAUGUACUAGGUUGGACACCGAUGAGCUGUCAUGGUAUUCGGAGUUUCUUCAUUGUAAGGAGUAAGGGCUUUCAAGAUGGGGCAGAUAGUCAGUACAGCCCACCAGGAACAUGUUGGUGUUUUCUAUUUUUUUAUCAUUGUACUGAGUUGUGUCUUCAGUGCUAUUGGUCAGGAUGCCCGAGCAGUUUGUAUAGUUUCUGUCGCUAGUGUUGUGCAGUUUUCUGGUCAGCAUGUGUGAUCUUUGUGUCUCCUUUUUUGCCAAGCAUAUUUGGAUUUUCUUGCUCAAAGGCAAAUCUGGUUUCUAAUGGAACCAUUUCUGUUCCUGAUAUCUCCUCCACAAGGGAUAAUAUUUGUUGUUUUUGUAAAAUGAGAUGCAGGGAAAGAAAUACAAAACACUCCUGCCCCUCAGUCCAAUAAAUAUAUAAUUUAAGAUACGAGUCUUAACUUCACAGGGAAAAGACAAUGCCAAGAGCUUGUAUUGUUACCUUAAUAUCUUACUAGCAGUGUUUGGCUUUAAGAAUUUUAGAGAUUUUCAGUCUUUGUCUGCAAAUUGGCAUUUUCGAUUUACUAAGAUAAAAAUUCACUUGUGUCUGCUGAAUGUGUGUGUGCUCAGUGUGACUUUAGAUUCCAUCCCUCUGUCGGCCCUGACCGGGAGGGGAAAGCCCUGUAUAUUGAGUGAUUUGAGUCGCUGACCUGGGUAAUAGAGGCCUGACUUCAGACCGGUUAUAGGGUUUAAGUCCUUUAAGAAUUUGCAUUUCCAGCUUCUCCCCUUCAGAGUGAGAGAGAAAGUAGGGAAGGGGUAAGUACAGCCACUUUGGACUCCUCAGGACGCUCGAUCACUCUGGAGCUCUUACUGUCCCCCAGGAGGUGGCAGUACUGUCAGUGCUCUGCUAGCCGCCAGCCCCAAGAAUAAGAACUCCGCCUCACACAGUCCUGGCCAUCCAUCGUCCUCCACUAGAGGGGCCAAGCUUGACUGCCCUCAGCUCGGCAAGCACAGUGAUGUGUGUUUUAUUCAGCAUUAUUAUGCAAAAACCCACUGUUUAGGAUGGUUUGUUUUAGGGUGGGAAGUGAAAUUGCCUCUCAGUGAUAGGAAUGGCCCAAGCUUGCUUCCUGUUUUGAUUUUUUUUUUUAACUGAUGGAUGGUACAGCAUGUCUACAUGGUUGUUUGUUGCUAAACUUUAUAUAAUGUGUGGUUUUACUUCAGCUUGAAAAAUAAUCUCACUACAUGUAGCAGUACAUUAUAUGUAAUGUUAGUAUUUCUGCUUUGAAUCCUUGAUAUUGCAAUGAAAUUCCAACUUUAUUUAAUGUAUUUGAUAUGCUAGUUAUUGUGUGCGAUAUAAACUUUUUUUGUCUUCUCCCUUUUCUUGUGUGCUUCCUUUUACAACAAGCCUCUAGAACCAGUUUCUGAGAAUUACUGAGCUAUGUUUGUAAUGCAGAUGUACUUAGGGAGUAUGUAAAAUAAUCAUUUUAACAAAAGAAAUAGAUAUUUAAAAUUUAAUACUAACUAUGGGAAAGGGUCCAUUGUGUAAAACAUAGUUUAUCUUUGGAUUCAAUGUUUGUCUUUGGUUUUACAAAGUAGCUUGUAUUUUCAGUAUUUUCUACAUAAUAUGGUAAAAUGUAGAGCAAUUGCAAUGCAUCAAUAAAAUGGGUAAAUUUUCUGAU